UUCAAGGCAGUUCUCUUUGUUCAUCCACACUGACAGACCUACCUGUGUACUUUGGAAAUACCACUCUCUUAUUCAUGAGAUCAUCUCCGUCAGCAUGUCAACAAAAUACAGGAUCUUAGCUUUUCUGCUGAUUCUCACUGGCAUCUGUCUGGUAUUGAUGGAAAGGAGACCAGAGCUUUCCUUCGGUCUUCUAAACUCCAGUUCCUGUGACUGCGACUCAUGUUUAACAGAUGUCGAUCCAUGGUUCGUAACACAUUUUGACAGAUCUGUGGAACCGUUUUUGUCAACAAAGAGCAAUCUCUCAAUGGAUAAUUUUAAUUGGUGGAAGAAUUUACAGUGGGAUCCUCGUGACUACAGUUUCUACCUAGAAACAGUUGACAAGCUGUUUCAGACCUUCCCAUCCCCUUCAGAGGAAUCCAGCUCUGGCCGCUGCAGGACGUGUUCUGUGGUGGGCAACAGCGGUAAUUUAAAGGGUGCACAUUAUGGACCGCUAAUAGAUAACCAGGAUUUAGUCAUACGGAUGAACAGAGGUGGGACCAAAGGCUUUGAACAGGACGUCGGGACCAAAACAACUCAUCGUGUCAUGUAUCCAGAGAGUGCGAGUAACGUGGACAACACCACUCACCUGAUCCUGUUUCCAUUUAAGACAAAGGACAUUGAGUGGAUUAUCAAGGCUACAACUACAGGAUUUUUUGGUCGGUCAUAUGCUCCAGUAAAAAGAAAUAUCCAAGUUAACAAAGAUUUGGUGUUGGUAGUAAAUCCAGCAUUCAUGAGAUACACCCAUGAAAGAGGGCUCGAGAAGAAGGGCAGAUACCCAUCCACUGGCUUUAUGACUGUGGUUCUUGCAAUUCACAUUUGUGAGGAGGUCCAUGUGUUUGGAUUUGGAGCUGACAGCGAUGGAAACUGGAGUCACUACUGGGAAGAACUCAGGAACAAAAAUCUGAGAACUGGACCACAUCCUGGGUCACAUGAGUAUAAUGUUAUUUUGCAGCUGGCACAGAAGCAAAAACUUAAGUUUUAUAAAGGACACUGAUGCAGUUUUGGAGACAAAUUAUGUUCAGAGAAAAGGAAACUGUGGAAAAAAUAAUCUGAUCAUCUAGCAGUAUCUGUUGAUGUCGAUCCACAGGUAUUGAGAUAACUGCAUUCCAUGUGCUAAUAUUCAGGGUGCGAUUUGUCAAAAAACAAAACAAAACAAACAAAACAAAAAAACAGGGGGGAUGUUGUUUUUUUUUUAAAUCAUGAAAAACAAGCAAUCAACAGGUGUAAUUCUUUUUUUAGUUAACGGUAGGCCCUAUUACAUGUCAGAGAGUUGGACAUUCAUCUUUAGCCCUUUCAUGCACAGUGGUCACUACAGUGGACAGUUAUUCUACAGCUGUUCUCUUGUAUAUUCAUGGAUUUUGAUGUUUUAUUUGCAUAUCAACCAGUACAGUGGACACUUAUGCAA